CUGAGGACGAACCCAUGUUAUCACGCACUUACGGACGACAACGAGCGCAGCGCUCGCAGGACGUGGACGCGGCUGCGGAGGAGAGCGCUCGCCACUCGCAGGAAGCUUAAGAGCGCGUUCCGGUGGCCAAUGUUUUCAGGAAGUUUGACGGUCGGACAGAUGGACGUUCCUCGCUUUGUUUUGGUCUGCGGGAGAGUUUAGGAGCUCCGGUGGACACGGACGCCUCGCGACAACACGAUGAACCUCAGCGAAGACGGUUGUUUUCCGUCGCACCGGAGUCAGUUUGGGUCUCACGUGAAUACUCGGGAACUGUGCUUUUAAGAAGCUGUUUUAAGAUGCGUGACGUUAUGACUGCAUAUUGGGGUUUUUUUUCUGGCAGUGUCAUUACAGCGUCAUUACAUUAGACUUAUGUCAGAGGCCGUAGUGCAUUGUAUUAUAUUAAUGGCCGCAUUCAAGUUGCAGUGCGACGUAACGUUAGUGUCAUUAAAACAUAAAGAGCUCUGCAGUCUAAACUUUUCUGGACUCCAACCUGGCAACCCACAGGAGGGAAAUUUGCAACGUUAGCAGGAAGAGAAGCUAUAAAAAUCACGGAAAUCAUUCGGUCUUCCCUCUCACUCAUAAAUGGAUUUCAUCAGGGCCACACGGUUAUUGUUGCACCUUGUUUGGUAGUUUUUUUGUUCGUCUUUUUACAGGAUCCCGCUCCCCGCCACGCACGUCUGAAAACCGUCGAUAUCGUGUGUGACGAAUGUGAACAUGUUUUGGAAAUUUAAGUUUUCCAAAGACCCGCGGCUGGACCGGAGUAGAGCUUUGCCUUUGGGCCACAGCUGGAGCAGCCUGAUGUAGCCCCCCCUCUCCAUCCAUAUUAUCUCUGUAAAAACUCACAGCUGUCUCAUGUGUGGGUUUUUACUACCUGGAAACUAUCCGUUCGUGUGGCCUCGUUCUUUUCCCGUUUAAGAAGACCGAUUACCUGGCGGGGGUGGUGGGGGGCGGCCCCGCCAUGGAGACCCCACUCGCCCUCUCCUCUCCUCGGUGUGACUGAGGCACGCUGAUGGACGUGAGCAACAGCUGGACCUACUGCGUCAUCAGUGCCGCGAGACGCCGGUGAGCGUGGUGGGUUGCGCGCGCGGGAGAAGUCUCGGCGACAGGCUGUGGGCGGUUUGGCACAACAGACGCGUUUCUGAAGACUGCUUUGCGGACCGCGUACGCAAACAUCGCCACUAUGAAUGAGAGGCAGGCUCUCCACUCCAUAAUGAAAGACCUCGUUGCCCUCCAGAUGACUCGCCGCCAGCCUGUUCUGUCGUACGACACCAGCAAAGCCAAGACGCCGGCCCAGGCCAACAGACAGGACGAUGUCAGGAUAAAGUUUGAGUUCUCUGGAGAACGGAGGAUCCUGGUUUUUGGACGGCCUGUGCAGUUUGAGGAAGUCCAGCAGAAAGUCACGACUGUCUUUGGCCAGCAGCUGGACCUGCAUUAUAUGAAUAAUGAGUUGUCCAUCCCUCUGCGAGAUCAGGAUGACCUGGACAAGGCCAUCGACCUGCUGGACCGCAGCUCCAACAUGAAGAGCAUCAGGAUCCUGCUGCUCACUCCGGAGCACAGCAAUGCCUCCUCCCCCUCCCACCACGUUCCGUGUAAGCAGGUGAGGAUCAAGUCCUCCCAGUCCACUGGAGACGUCAGCACGGCGUAUCAAUCCUCCGAGCCCAGGGGGCGCCACCUGUCUACUGGUUCUCAGAACACGGGACGCAGCUCGCCACCUCCCGGUUAUGUGCCCGAGCGCCAACAGAGAAUUGCUCGCCAAGGCUCCUACACCAGCAUAAACAGUGAGGGGGAGUUCAUCCCCGAGACCAGCGAUCAGUGUGUGCUGGAUCCCUGGAGCAGUGCAGAAAACUCCGUCUCUGGAAGCUGUCAGUCUCUGGACAGCAACUCCGACAGCCCUUCACUGAGGAGGUCUCGCAUGCACAGAGCCAAGAGUUACCCUGAUAACCGUGAGGAGGGCUCAGACAGGGAGAAUCAUGUAUAUGACAGGGUAGCGGGGAAAGGAGGCACCUUUCCUCGUAGGUACCAUGUCUCCCUGCACCAUAAAGACCACAGUGAAGGCCGCCGGACGUUUCCGCGGAUCCGUCGCCCCCAGGGGAACCUCUUCACGCUGGUGCCGUCACGCCGGUCGCUCAAUGGCAGCGAGGAGAGUUUGGGCAGCUGGCAGCUGGUCGACGCUCACGGCAGGCUGCGCCCCCAAGAUCGUUCUGUGGCGCAUAAGUCCCCCAGUGCUCCGAUGACGUGGCGGCGGGGGAAGCUUCUGGGCCAGGGAGCGUUCGGUCGCGUGUACCUGUGUUACGACGUGGACACUGGGAGGGAACUAGCUGCCAAGCAGGUUCACUUUGAUCCCGAGAGUCCUGAGACCAGCAAGGAGGUCAGCGCUUUGGAGUGUGAAAUCCAGUUGCUGAAAAAUCUGCAUCACGAGCGCAUUGUUCAGUAUUACGGCUGUCUGAGGGACCACAAUGAGAAGACUCUCACUAUUUUCAUGGAGUACAUGCCGGGGGGUUCAGUCAAAGACCAGUUAAAGGCCUACGGGGCGCUGACAGAAAACGUCACCCGGAAGUACACAAGACAGAUCCUGGAGGGCAUGUCCUAUCUGCACAGCAACAUGAUCGUACACAGGGACAUCAAAGGCGCCAACAUCCUGCGGGAUUCGGAAGGCAACGUGAAGCUCGGAGAUUUCGGCGCCAGCAAGAGGCUGCAGACCAUCUGCAUGUCCGGAACCGGCAUCCGCUCAGUGACCGGCACCCCCUACUGGAUGAGCCCGGAGGUCAUUAGUGGAGAGGGCUACGGCAGGAAGGCUGAUGUCUGGAGCCUCGGUUGUACGGUGGUAGAGAUGCUGACGGAAAAGCCCCCGUGGGCUGAAUUCGAGGCCAUGGCGGCCAUAUUCAAGAUCGCCACCCAGCCCACCAACCCGGCGCUGCCCUCGCACACCUCCGAGCAGGCACGGGACUUCAUAAGCUGCAUCUUUGUGGAGGCCAAACACAGGCCCAGCGCAGAGGAGCUGCUCAGGCGCCCCUUCUCCCAGAUUCUGUGCUGAAGCCGGCCUGGUUUGUGAACUCCUCACCACAGAGUAGCCUCAGCAGUAUCCGUAGUACCUCUUUGACACCCGUCCGUGGAACUGAUCCGGAAGAUCAGUGUUAAACUCACCGAGCAUCUGCCAGAGCUCAGACCCGUAUAACGAGGAGCCUUUGUCUGCAGCAGUCAGCGAAGCCUUGAGAACUGAGCACUCGUGAGAGUGACCACACGGGGGAAACCCCACACGCAUUAAGUCCCUGGAUGCUUUCACAGAGACGAGUGCACGUAUGCAUGCGCUCCAAAUCAUGCACUCCGAAGGCAGCGGCUUUCAAGCCUUGCACAUGUCGUGUCUUCCUCAUCGUGUUCUCUUGUGUUCCCGUUUUUAAGCUACAGCACACCGCCGGUGCUUAACAGUGUUUAUCAAGUGGGAUUGUUCUCUUUUUUUUUUCCCCUCAAACUUGCGUCUGUCUUGUUUUAUUCAACGGAAAAUUCCACCUGUUUAGAUCUUUGCUUGUCUGUGUACAUCCGAGGAGCAACACCAGAUGUGUUUCUGUGUUUCGGUCUGAGACCUUCAGAAUUAAGAAUUAUUUUCACAUGGUUUAGCAAUUCCACAGGUGACAAUAAAUAAGUGCCCAAUGAGGUUCUUCACUCGCUGUACCCUCAAUCGAACAAGAUGCACAACAGCCAACAGCCUCAGUUUGAGAGUUUGACAUUUGAAAAUAUUAAAUGAAUAUAUUGAUUUUGUUGUCCAAAAAGAGCAUGACUGUCCGAGAGGAGCUGAGUUUGAGCUGAUUUCUUUUAAAUUGUCUUUUUACCAAAGCAAGUGUCUUAUCCUUCUAAGUGCCUUCCUACUUUUAUAGAUCCCCAUCGUCAAAGGUUACCUCAGCCCAAAAAGUGCAUCAGAAGCGGUAGAUGAAAUAUGCCAUAGACUUUUACACUGCCAUGCCAUAGACCAAACAGCAUGAUGCUUUUUAUAAUUUAAAAUGAAAAACUCAUUUGGAAAUAUAUUUCCUUUGCCAAAGACCGUACUGUUGAUUUGUGCCUGGACCCAAAAUCCCUCACUGAAAAAACGUUGCUUUAGAUCAGAUGCACUUUUGAUCGAAAUUAAUGUUGUGGAGUUUUUUUUUGUUUUUUUUUACUUUAUGUGAAUUUCUUUUUUUUUUAUUUAUAUUUCCAUGUUCAUCCCAAUUAGAUUUUUAUGAGCAAAAAAUAUUUCCAUAUAUGUAUAUACAUAUAUGUGUGUGUGUAUAUUAUGUAUAUAUUAUAUACAUUAUAUAGUAUGUAUAUUAUAUUAAGACUGUGUCAAAUCUAAUGAUACUUUCAGGACGUUUGGUCUGUAAAAGUAAAUCAUUUAGAGCAGCUGGUUUUGCAGACAUUACAGAACGUGUAAAUGUUAAAUGGGUGGAAAACAAACUCUGGCUGCCUGGCUCUUGUUCUAGAUCACACACACAAAAAAGUUCCACCCUUUGCUAUAGGUUUAAACGAGUGUUACCUGACUGGUUACGGAAAUCAUUCAGCCAUACGAAUGAAACCUUUUGAGGCCUAACUGUUGGCAUUAUUGUAUAUGGGAUUCGAGUAUUACUAACAUGUAAUUAAAGGUUGUGUGUGGGCCAAAGACGAGCAGGACCGGAGCCAGUGCUGGAUUCCACAGACGACUUUGUUUAUCCCGGGGUCUAGACGAGUCCAGUCUUCAAUCGUUUUCUGGGCAAAGGGGCUCACUGCUGCCUUAAGGCCAACAUGAGGACUUUCAAUGGGGCCACUGGCUAAAGGCAGCUUAAAUGUGUACAAAUGCAAAUAGAUUUUAAGAAAAGACAGUGAGGCAAAGGACCCUGUGGUAAGCAAAUGAGUAAAGUAUUUUUUUUUUUCAAGAGAUCUAUAUAUUUAAAUGUAUGAUUAUGUAUCAUGACGGGACUUGCAGUGCAAAGUCUAAUGUAUCAACUUUAUUUUACAAUAAGAAAAGAAUAGUAUGUCGCUCGCUACAAAACAAAUAAAUUGUUUUCAAAAAAAUUGUUUCUCCCUUCUCACAGCUGCAGUCGUCCCGGCUCAUUAAGUCCAGUCAAUGAAAGACCACCUCAUUGUUGGCAGUAAUAAGCUGCUCAAUUGAUGCACUCAGUUUUUCCCCUCUCUCCCCGUCAUUUUGUUUUCUUCCACUCUUUUUUUUUUCCUGUCAUGAAGGAAAACAAGGGGCAGAAACAGGAAGGAGAGAUUUCCACAACCGUGUCUGGCUGUGAGAUGGUUUAGCAGAUUGAACAAAGGGCCUUUUUUACGCAGAGAUGCUUUGCUUUAGACAGGUCGUUUUUUAUGUCCUCUGUUGUAUUUUGCCCUUUUCUUUUACAAUACACAAGCUGAUAAUGUG